AUGCUGAAGCCGGGCGACGGAAGCGGCUCGGCCUUCUUGAAGGUGGACCCGUCCUACCUGCAGCACUGGCAGCAGCUCUUCCCUCAGUCGCAGCUGAAGGCUCCUCUGGCCCCGCCGCCGCCGCUGCCUGACCGCCUCUCCAUCCCCAUGGAGAGCCUGCGCCCAUCCCGCCUGCACAGCCACCUCCUGGCCUCCACGCACUGCACCUCCUCGUCUUCAUCUACAUCCUCCUCCGCUUCUUCUUCUUCUUCUUCUUCCGCAGCAGCAGCAGCAGCGUUGGCCCCGGUGUGUGCCGGGCCAGGAGGACCAGGUGGAGGAGGAGGAGGAGGAGGAGGAGGAGGAGGAGAUCUGAUGGUGGUCGUGCCCCCGGAGAACCAGCAUGUUCACAACCCAGCAGCGGGGCUUCUCCAUCAGGCCAAAGAGCAGAGCUGUGGGGGGGUCGGCGUGGUGUCAUCCAGCGUGAAGAGCAGCGGAGGAGGAGGAGGAGGAGAGGAGGGCGGCAAAGGAGCGUCGGCCCGGUUCAAGCUGACGUCGGAGGAGCUGGACUACUACCUGUACGGACAGCAGAGGAUGGAGAUCAUCCCACUGAGCAACCACACAGGAGAGGUCAACAACCGUUGUGACAUGUGUGCAGAUAACAGGAACGGCGAGUGUCCGAUGCACGGCCCUCUUCACUCUCUGCGUCGACUCGUCGGCACCAGCAGCACGACGGCUCCUGUCACCCUGCCGGACGUCCCUGAUUGGCUCAGAGAUCUGCCCAGAGAGGUGUGUCUGUGCACCAGUACAGUUCCUGGUCUGGGUUACGGGAUCUGCGCGUCACAGAGGAUCCCUCAGGGAACCUGGAUCGGCCCGUUUCAGGGAGUCCCUAUGCUGCUGGACAAACUGCAUUCUGGAGCGGUCAGAAACAGCAGACACCUGUGGGAGAUCUACGAUGCAGAGGGGACGUUACAGCACUUUAUUGAUGGCAAUGAUCCCAGUAAAUCCAGUUGGAUGAGGUAUAUCCGCUGUGCCAGACACUGUGGGGAGCAGAACAUGAUGGUUGUACAGUACAGGUCCUGUAUCUUCUACAGAGCUUGUAUGGAUAUCCCCCGAGGAACAGAGCUGCUGGUUUGGUACAAUGACUCCUACACUUCCUUCUUCGGCAUCCCACUGCAGUGCAUUGCUCAGGACGAAAACUUAAACGUCCCAACCACGGUGAUGGAAGCAAUGACUAGGCAGGAAUCACUCCAAUCCUUCAGCAAAAACGGCAAACCCUCGUCUUCCUCGUCUUCCUCCUCUUCCACUCCCUCCACCACCCUCAUGCGUUCCAUGGUCUUCCCCCAUUCUCCCUGCCCUAGGAAUUUCUCCCUGUUGGACAAGGUUGGGGUUGGGAUUCAGUCGGACUCCAGUUUCAGCCAGUUGGGUUCAAAGAACCAGCGAGUCCUGGCGAGCCCGACCUCCACCAGCCAGCUAAGCAGUGACUUCAGCGACUGGCACUUGUGGAAGUGUGGCCAGUGCUUCAAAACCUUCACCCAGAGGAUCCUGCUGCAGAUGCACGUCUGUCCACAGAAUCCAGACAGACCAUACCAGUGUGGCCACUGCUCCCAGUCCUUCUCCCAGCCAUCAGAUUUGAGGAACCACGUGGUGACGCACUCGAGCGACCGACCUUUCAAAUGUGGAUACUGCGGCCGUGCGUUCGCUGGUGCCACAACGCUCAACAACCACAUCCGCACGCACACCGGGGAGAAGCCGUUCAAGUGUGAGCGUUGUGACCGCAGCUUCACACAAGCCACUCAGCUCAGCCGCCACCAGCGACUUCCCAACGAGUGUAAACCCGUGAACGAGAGCAGCGAGUCCAUUGAGGUGGAUUAA